AGACAGGAGGUGCUAUUAAGAAGAAUACGUGUUAUGUCAAUAUACUGACGCAUUAACCUCAAUUUUGCUUAUUUUUAAGUUAACGCAAAUGACGUUAAUGUUACAUUGUUAAACUAACAAUUGCGUUCUCUCGUUCGUUAUUUUACUUCUUUACUUUUCAAGAGGAAUCAAAAAGGAGAAAUCUCAAAGCAGACUAAGUCAUAGUUUGUCGUUAGUAUCUUUGCAAAAAUUCUUGCUAAUUUUUAUAUCAAACGUUUCUAUGUUUAUAAAUAAAUAUUUAAAUUGAUCUUUUAGCUGUUGGUCUACAAAGUAAAGAAAGAGUAAAUAUUUACAUUUUUUGUAGACAAUCUUAGUAUCUCAUAUUUCUGUAUUGUUCUGUAUUGUAUUCUGUACAAAAUAAAAUAUUAGUUUGUUAAAGUUCUCCGUAUAUUAAAGAAGGAUGACAUCGUACUAAAAAAAUUUGGGAAAAGUUUAACAAAUUGUCUCUGAAAAGGAUUUCAUAGGAGUUUAAACAUGGAUGUCAGCGCAUUGUUCAAAGCCAGUGUAAAAACAGUGAAUUUACGCAACAAGGAACUCGGCACGGUGACUAAUACGAAGGAUCUCCUAAAGAAAACCAGAAACAAGAGUUCCUUCCACUUCAAAGCGCACGAUGUAGUCGUGCAGAUCUCCAGACUGCGGGAAUUUCUGCUGAAGAGUCGGAAAGUUUAUCUGGACUUCCACAACCAUCUGUGCACCGCGUCCCACAUGACGGACGCGGAGCGCGAUGAAAUCGACGCCGGGGCGCAGAACAUAAUGAGUAUUUGCUCGCAGCUCGUCAAGGAUCUCAAGAGGGAGGUCGCGGCAUGCGAGCUAUCUCAGCAGAAUAUGGAGCAUCGCGAGAUCAUGCUACUGAUGAUAGAAGAUUACCUGAAGAACGUCUGCAAGAUAUAUUCGGAGCAGAAGGCGAUGCGCGUGAAAAAGGCCAUGGAGAUGCGGAAGAUCGUCCGACUGCAGUCUGAUACCAAGUUCGUCGACCAGUCGUCGUCAAUAACAGAUGACAGGAAGUUGGCCCUGAACGCGACGCAGAAAUUGACGGACGAUCACGAGAGUAAGAACGACUCGAACGACUCGAGCCCGAUGAAGAUCCAAGAGAUCAACGGGGACGUUAACACGCUUACGUACGAGGAAGAGCUGUCGCCAGAAGACAUCCAGAUGUUCCAUUCGGAGAACGAGCAGCUGUAUAGCGAGCUGAAUACUUUGACGGAGGAGGUCAGCCAGAUCGAGAGUAAGGUGGUUCACAUCGCCGAGCUGCAAGAGAUCUUCACAGAAAAGAUCCUUGACCAGGAUAAAGACCUGGACAGAUUGAUGACCACGGUCGUUGGAUCGACGGAGAACGUGAAGGAGGCCAACGAGCAAAUUCGACAGGCGAUUCAACGGAACGCCGGACUCAGAGUGUGGAUCCUCUUCUUCCUACUGGUGAUGUCGUUCUCUUUAUUGUUUCUCGAUUGGUACAAUCCGUAAAUACUUUGUUAUAUUCUCAAUUACUAUUAUGAAAAGGAGUUUUGGGAAAGGGAAGAGAAAAAGAGGGAAGGAACGCAUUUGCCAAAAUAUGAUUGUAUUUUUCCCUCAGACAUUGUACAUAAUAGAUAUAUAACUUACAUUUUAUAAGGUAUAUAUAUAUAUAUUUACUUAUAUAUACACAUAUAUUACCGCCUAUCUUAUCCCGUGUUUAUUUUUUUUUUUACAUAAGGGGGAAAUUUCCUCUAUCAUUGACAAUCACGGGUCCAGACACAUUAUCUUUCGUAAAAGAUAUUUUUCACGGGCGGCAUAUUAAUUUGUUAUUACCGUGAUAUAUAUAUUUGACGAAUACUUUAUCAGUAAAUAAAUUCAUUCCCAUUUCA